CAUCAGGGCACUGAUCAUCAGUGCUCUGAUGAUCAGUGUAGCCCCAUCAGUGCGGCUAUCAGUGCCCAUCAGUGCUGGCUAUUAGUGCAAUUCAGCACCAGCUAUCAGUGCCCAUCAGUGCCGCCUACCAAUGCCUAUCAGUGCCACCUUGAAGGAGAAAAAUCACUUAUUUACAAAACUUUAUAACAAACUAAAAAAACUUUUUUUUUUUCAAAA